AGAGAGCAGGAGUCAGGUUGAGGAGGAGGAGGGAGGCAGAGAGAGAAAGAGAGGGGAGCAGAGAGGCAGGCUUUGCCUUUUCUGGUAGUUGAAGUCGCUGAAAGAACAAGCAGGAAUUCUUUGUGCUGCAGAAGGGCUGAGAUAUAAACCAGACUGUAGAGGUUGAUAUAUGAAGAGAGGGGAGACACCGACGUCAAUGGACUAAACUCCAGCUACUGCUACGUGAGAAAGUGAGGAGAAUCUUUUGGCCAUCAUGGACGAUGACUUUGACCGCCGCAUGGAGCAGAGGAGGCAGAGGAGAGAGCAGAUGCGCGUCGACACUGACAAGGAGGGUUACACCAACGACGAUGAGGAGGAGGCUCGGGAGCAAAGGAGACGUGCAAGGGAGGAGAGGAAGAAGAUGAGGGACUCAGACGAGCCUGGAACCACUGAUGUUAUCGACACUAACAGUGUGACGGAGACAGCCGGUGCAGAAGGUGCAGAAGGUGCAGAUGAUGACCAGGUCUUGUUGGAGCGCCUGGCCAAGAGGGAGGAACGCCGCCAGAAGAGAAUGCAGGAGGCCGUGGAGAGACAGAAGGAGUCUGACCAAACCGUCGGCACCACCAACGGCUCAGAUGGCGUACAUACGGAGGAAGAGGAGGAGAAGGAGGAGGAGGAGGAGGAGGAGAAACCAGCCCAAGAGGAAGUGGCCGAGAGUGAUACUAACUCCUGGAGGAAAGAGGAAGAGGACGAAAAGGAAGAUGAGAUGGAAUCAAGAACCGCAAGCAUAAUAAAUGAGGAGGAGAUUGUGGAGAAGGCUUCAGCAACCGAAGUAGAGGAUGAGCAGCCUGAUUUAGGAAAGAACGAUGCUGAGGAGGAGGCUGUUCCUGAUGUUGACAAGGAGGAAGAAGAAUGGAAGAGGAAAGAAGAAGAGGAAAGGCAGCAAACAGAAAUGGAAGAAAAGAUGAGGAUAGAGGAGGAAGAAAGGCAAAAAAAGGAAAUGCAGGAAAAGGUCAAGAAAGAGGAAGAAGAAAGGCAGCUACAUGAGGAGGAGGAGAGGAAGAAGAGGGAAGAGGAAGAAAAUCAACAAAAGGAAAUGGAAGAGAGGCUGAGAAAAGAGGAGGAAACAAAGAAAGAGGAGGAGGAGAAGCCAAAAAGAUUUGGUUUUAAGGAAAAGAAUGAACCAGCCAAACAGAACGGAGGGCUCUUUGAGAAUAAACUUAAGAAAACUUCAAGAGACAACGCUCCCUCCAGCAAGGCAGGUGGCGUGGAGCAACAAGAGGCCGAGCGUAAGCUGCAAGAGCUGAAGCGCCGGCGAAACGAUGCCGAAAGCGAGGAUUUCGAGAAGAUGAAGCAGAAGCAGCAGGACUCAGAGGCCGAGCUGGAGGAGCUGAAGAGGAAGAGAGAGGACAGAAGGAAGGUCGUGGAGGAAGAGGAGAAGCAGAAGAAACAGGAGCAGGAGGACAAGAAAGCCAAAGAACAGGAGGAGAGGAAGAAGAUGAAGGAGGAGAUAGAGAAGAGGAGGGCGGAGGCUGCAGAGAAGAAGAAACAGAAGGAGGAGGAGUCUCCAGCAGCUGCCUUUACCAUCAGUCCCAAAGGAUCCUCAAAGAUCGGGGCAAAGGCAGAAUUCUUGAGCAAAUCAGCCCAGAAAAGCCGAGUGUCUCACACUCCAAUUGUCUCCAAGAUAGGCAACCGACUGGAACAGUACACCUCUGCCAUCCAGGGAAACAAGGACGUCAAAUCCCCAAAGUCUCCGAUGGUGGAUAUUCCUACAGGAGGCGCACGCAGCAUCAAGAGCAUGUGGGAGAAAGGCAAUGUCGGCAGCUCCUCUGAUAGUCCAACUCCUGCCAACAAGGAUGUAUCUGGUAUCAAAGGCGGGGUGGCUGGACGUUGGAUGGCAAAGCCUCCAGAGCCGGAGAAGACUCCAGCACCAGCAGCCGCAGCAUCACCAGCACCAGAACCAGGACCAGCACCAGCACCAGCACCAGCAAAGCCAGCAGAUGUGAAACCAGGUGACAUCGGUAACAAGCGUGGCAUGUGGGAAACCAAGAAGAGCUCUGCACCUGCCAAGGUGGCAGUCGGAGGCAAGAGCAAGUUUGUCACUAACACAGGCGUAAGGCCCUAACCAUUGACCUCCCCCAUUUCAAUCAAGUCUCACCCGACCAAACACAAAGCCCCGCUACUGUAUCUGCAUCCAUUUCCCUUCUACGUUCCUGUUUUUCGCAUGAAGUUCACACCGGAGUGACGAAAACACGAGGGACCAGGAUGAGAAACGCCAGGAUCAAAGUCUCUCAAGAGGUUGUUUUGUUUCAUCAGACUUGACUUCAAUAGGAAACUCAAAAAAAGAUGUCACACAUAGUAAAGGUUUUCAGGACAAAGCACCACAUGUUUAAUGCUUAAUAGUUAAUGGAUUGUGUCGUAUCUAUCUUUUUAAUCAAGGUUACACAUUUCAGACGGCUGUCAGGGUGCUUAAAUGUUAUUUUGCUUUCAAGCCACACCGAGAUGUCUGCUCAUCUUGUGUUUCCAUAUAGCUUAAACCCAAUUACAGGCUUUUGUGUUUUAUUGUUGUACACACUCACUGCUUUUUGGGAUGGCUGUAAUGACUCUAUGUGAUAACCAAGGUUGUUUAAUGUCCAUCUCACCGCUUGCAUUUUGAUUGUAAACUGCCACUAAGAUGGAUUUUGGCUGAUUAGCCUGUACAUAAUUGAGUAAGUACCAUUUUAUAAUAAAGCGCCCUUUGUGAAGGGAUUAUUAAUAGUAACUAAUGACCCUUUUUGGUCUAGACCGAAAUAUCUCAAAUGUUGGAUGCAUUUCCACAAAGUUUGGUACAGACAUUCAUGGUGACCAGAGGAUGAACCCCAAUGGCUUCCUCCUUACUUUCCAACUCUGGAUGAAUUGGCUCAACUUUCAACGAGCGUCCAUUUGAUUUUGGUUGAAAUAAUUGAAUGCAUUGUCAUGCAAUUUGGUACGCGCAUUCAUGUUUCCCUCAAUAUCUUUGGUGAUCCCCCCAACGUUUCAUUAAGCGCCAUCAUCAGCUCAGAAUUGCAAACUAGAUGGAUUAUUGUAAUGGCUCAUUAGAAUUCUGCCCAAGACUGCAGCCAGAUAGACAAAAGUGUGCAAGUAGGUCAAUGUUUCUGUCAGCAACACAUGGGGUUUGUUACCCGUUGGCCUUUAGUUAACUGUGGUGGAUUAAAAAUCAUAUUAUCAUGUAAUAUAAGCACGAAUAAAGACUAUGAAUUCACGUGUAAGCGAGUACUGUAACACCUAUUCGGUAACCAAAUGCAUUUCUACAUAACAGGCAGUGAUACUUUUCUAUCAUCAGUUUACAUGCCAGUAACAGCUGUUUAAUUGCACUGCAGCUGCAGUAAUAAAGGCGAUGCACUUAGUUUUAACUUCAAAUUCCAGCCAGUCAGCAGUAGGCAUGAGUUGCAUCCUGCCAAAGUGUAUCGGAGUCUUUCAGAUGUGGAUUGCAUCGUUUGAACUUGUACUUGCUUCAGCAAUAAAUAAAAAAAGUAAAACAUGUGUUAUAGUUCUGUUGCU